AUGGCACAAAUGACCAUUUCUAUGGCACAAUUGACCAUUUCUGUGGCACAAAUGACCAUUUCUAUGGUACAAUUGACUAUUUCUGUGGUACAAAUGACCAUUUUCAUGGCACAAAUGACCAUUUCUAUGGCACAAUUGACCAUUUCUGUGGCACAAAUGACCAUUUCUAUGGCACAAACGACCACUUCCAUGGUACAAUUGACCAUUUGCAUGGCACAAAUGACCAUUUCUAUGGCACAAAUGACCAAUCUUAUGGUACAAUUGACCAUCCCUGUGGCACGAUUGACCAUUCCUGUGGUAAAAUCGACCAUUUCCAUGGUACUAAGGGCAUUGUUACGGCACAAACCAUGGGUGGCUGCAGGACGUGGUCACGGGAAACAGUCCGCUCUGGAUAUUUGGUAA